AUGGCAUCAAAACAGAUUGAGUGUGACAUGUGUUGUAAUGAAAAUGCAGUUGGAUAUUGCGAAACUUGUGGAAACCUUGGAGAAACUUGUAUAGAGAUUCACAAGACAGGAAAAGUGUUUCAAACUCACAAUGUCAGUUUAAAUAAGGAAAAUAGUGUAAACCCAAAGGUCGCCAAGCGUGACAUCACCGAAGAAAGAUGCAAGCAGCAUCCGACAGAGAGAACGAUAUUUCUUUGUAAAAUUCAUGAUUCCAUGCUUUGUGGCAGAUGCUUCCAUUCGGAACAUCCUUCUUGCCUGAAAGAGGUUAUUGACUUGUUGCAUGAAGAUGUAAGCAUUGAUUGCGAUAAAGUCAACUGGAUGAAAUCACUGUUCAAUGAGCUAAAAGCAGAAAUUGUGAUUUUGAAAGAUGAAGCAGAACACAGUAAGGAGAGCUACGAGAAUAAUGCUGAUAAAUGCGUGAAAGAGUGUAUGGAAUUAGGAAAUAAAAUAAAACAACAAGUAAAUGAAUUGACAAGAAACAUUAAAAACGGAAUAAGAGAGAAAUAUGAAGAAAAUGUGAACACCUAUUCCUAUAUUACUAAGACGUGUGAUGAGAAAACCAAGUGGUGUGACAAUGAAGAAAGCAAAAUUGAUGAUUUUGUUGACAAUAGAAUGGCUGGGCGCUUGUACCUAGUGAGUAGACAUUUUGAGAAAGAGGUUUCGGACGCAAGAUCCCAACUUAAAGAAAUCAAACACAAACGCACGUUUAAAGGUAUUGACUUUAAAGAAAACAAAGUAGUUCUGAAAUGUGUGUUUGAGGACUUGGAGGAACUUUGUGAACAACACGAAGAAGUCACAGGAAGCGACGAUGGACAUGCCAACGAUGUUGUCGCAUUGAUCACGGAAAUAAACAAGACACGGCGAGAGCUAACUUCCUUGUUGAAACACUCAAGAAGUGAAUUAGACGAAUCAGAAAAGAAAAGACAGUUACUGCGUGAUGAGCUGAAACAAGUACAACAAGACCUGGAUAAUUCAGAAAAGACAAGAAAAUCACUGCGUGAUGAGCUACAACAAGUGAAAUAA